AUGAAUGGAUGUUUCUUCCACUACGCACAAUCGUUAUGGAGAAAACUUCAACAAAUUGGUAUGAGUCGUUAUUUUCUUCCUAGGAAUGCUAAUAGCAACAACAACAAUAUAUCAGAUGCUGAACGUAAAAAGACAGAUGAUUGGUUUCUUGGUGUCAUUGGAUUAGCAUUAACACCAGCCGACAUAGUCGAAAGUACUUGGACGGAUAUUAUUGAUUUGUACAUACCAGAUGAUGUUAAUGCUACUGAAUUCAAUGAUUAUUUAGUUUAA